CAGGUACAAGAAACAACAAGACUGACAGCGACGAUGAUGCCACAGCUGCGUAGCCUCGUCGCGCUGGUCCUCGUGGCCACGGCCAUAGCCGCCGCUCCCGGCGUUGGGUUUGUCGUCACCGGCCGCAUCUACUGCGACAACUGCCGCGCCGGGUUCGAGACAAACGUGUCCCACGCCAUCCAAGGCGCGACGGUGGAGAUGGAGUGCCGCCACUUCGAGUCGCAGCAGGUCCACGACAAGGCGGAGGCGACGACGGGCCCCGGCGGCUGGUACAGGAUGGAGAUCAGCGGCGACCACCAGGACGAGAUCUGCGACGUGCGCCUGCUCAAGAGCCCCGAGGCGGACUGCGCCGAGAUCGACCACUCCCGCGACCGCUGCCGCGUCCCGCUCACCCGCAACGACGGCAUCAAGCAGAGCGGCGUCCGCUACGCCAACCCCAUCGCCUUCCUCCGCAAGGAGCCGCUCCCCAACUGCGGCGAGCUGCUCCGCGCCUACGACCUCUACAACGAGACGUCCGAGAAUUCCUAAGCGUCCAAACAAAAGUUCUCUCGCUCGCUUUUUUUUUAAAAAAAAAUCCCAUAUACAUAUAGCACAUUUGUUUCGGUUUGUUGAUGCGCGCAUGCAUGCUAGCAGACAUCUUUCCUAAAAAAAUUUAAAUAAUUUCCAUCUCGCAUUAUUUUAGUAGCUACCAUUCAUGUUUUCUGAGUAGUUGUAUAAAUGCUACCACCGUCAUCUUUUGUACCCGGCCGGAACAAACGAAAAACACACUAUCUAUGCUGUGUUGUGAAUUCAAUUC